CGUUUCUCGUCCUGACCACGACGGCAUGGCAGACGUCUCCUCGUCUGACCUUGUUGGCAAUGCCGCUGCUGACACCGCCCAUCUCCGGGCCGAAAUUCCGCUGUUUCUUCACGACGACGAUGAUGCGGUCGCCUGUAAUUAUUUGGGAUGACGCCGGCCUUUUGUCAGCUUUCUUGGGAUGCGCAUUGUUGGAUGGAGAGGAGCGGAGGUAUAUCGGAUAGGGAUAACGAUAGAGGAUAUGGCGCAAACUCACCGAUUGAGGCUGCUCGUUUCAUUUUUAGGACGCUGGCACAUUCGACAAUGGCUGCGCCGGAGUUGUCGAUGCAAUUAAGCAUCGUCUGGUUUAAAGGAAGAAGUUGUCAGCGGAUGUAUCUCUCUCCCUCCCUCCUUCACUCUCUCACCCUGGCCCGAUUAUAAGGAAAACGGACAUACCUUUAGUUGGAUCAUCUUGGUUGCAUGACUUGGUCUGUCCCGUCUGCAAAUUCUGCUCUGUUGCUCUGGACGUCUCUUCGUCUCUUUACUUCUUCCUGUCCUCGCGAUUUCCCACUCCAAGAUCUGGUGCUUAAUAAGCAUCAGAUCCACCGGACCCCGGAUGAACAAUGUUCCGAUUGCUCCCAUAAAUAGCUCAGCCAAUCAGCGGCCAAGUUCCCCUUUCCAAGCAGCUGAUCGCCGCAUUAAGUAAUCCAGCCAAAAAUACGACGUCAAAAGCCUCAUUUUCAGCCUUUGGAGCCUGGGAGCUUUCUGUUCAAAUAUUCCCAGGCCAAAGCAAAACAGGGAGUCUUGAAGCGCAUCGCGUGUUGUUGCCCACAAUGAUCGCGGCUCUGCAGUUGCUUGCGACAUCAUCUGAACUAUAACUUGACAUCUUUAUUUUAUUUUUGGCUGCCCCAUGUCUAAACAAUACUUACCCCUUGUUCCCAUUCUAUCGCUUUCUAUCGCUUCCCGGCCUUUCGUUUCCCAUAUAUCCAUCUCGUGUAUUUUUAUUUGUAUCUUGCUUCAUACGUCCAAUUUAUGCAAUAAUACACCUUGAAAACCCCCAUUGACCGCGUCACGCAGUAUAUAUUCCCACGCUUCCGAUGGCCCCUAGCAUACCGCCUCCUGACCGCAAAGAGAAGUUGACGCUUUCUCAACUUGCCAGCUAUGAUGAUGUGAUCACAGACGCGCUAGUUGAUCGGGCCUACUUCUGGACCAAGAUCCGCAAAAACCGAACCAAGUAUAUCCCCUGCAGAGGUAUACUUGAAGAACAGGUUACCUCCAUUCUCCUCCACGAUGUCAUCGUCGGGAAAGACGCGCCAAAGGCUGAGAAAGCACUCCUAGCUCUCCCGGGGCUGAAGAAAUUCGUCGACCGCUUGAAAUCCGAUCGAGAGAAGGAAUGGUUUCGUCGACACCUGCGCAAGUACAUCGUCAUCUACCUUCCCGAUUGUCCCUUUGAGGUCAUGACCACCAAUCGCUACACCAUAACCACCCACGAGGCAGCCGUUUCUGCGCGAAAGUUCAUCGCCUCCGGAACGACGAUACGCGGGCUCAGCGGCACGCUUGUACCCAUGACACGCGAGGAGGAGAUGGAUCUCGAUCUAACAAGGAAGGAUUUUAGUAUCGUUAUGUCGAGCCGGAAGAAGACGCCGUCUAUCUUUCUGGGGCCGGCGCGUUUUGCGAAUCAUGAUUGUAACGCGAAUGGGAGACUGGUGAUGAGGGGGCCGGAAAGUAUGGAGGUAAUCGCGACUAGGGAUAUUGUGGUUGGUGAGGAGAUUACCGUCUCGUAUGGGGAGAAUUAUUUUGGUGAGGAUAACUGCGAAUGUCUCUGUCAUACCUGUGAGCUGGCACUCCGGAAUGGAUGGUCUCCGAAUGGUGUUGUGAUUGAUUCCGGGACGAAUAGCGGUGUCUCCACGCCCACGGAUGUAUGUGAGAAGCUAGAUCGAUCUGCUUUUUCGACGCCGCCCUCGCCGGGGUCCAGUAAUAAUAACAAAAGGAAACGCGGUUCAGAUUCCCGGUUUCUCUCCACGGAGAAUUCUACGCCGUCUAGAAGACGGAAGGUGGAGCGAAAGGCUUCGAAUUUGAGGCUUGAGAUGUCCAUGCCCAGCAGUCCAGAGGCUGGCGAACCUUCUUUCCUUUCAACUCUAGAUCAAUCCCUUUCCGAAUAUGCAAACAGCUGCAAGGACCCCAUUGCUGUUGAUCGUUCUACUCAUCAGGCAGAUGGCCUAGAUCCUCAUCACGAAGCUGAUAAUCCCGAUACGUGUAAUUCAUACAAAGCUGCUUCUUCUACGAACGACCAAUCGUCUUGCUCCCCUGGCCCAGAUGAAACGCAUAGUUCCACCACCACCUCCGCAUCUGCAUCUACCGAGGCAACCUCAAUAUCAGACACGACAUCGGUACAAAUUAAAAAAGAAUCGGCAGAGGGGCACGAACCGUUAGUCGCCCAGAGCACUGAUAAUAGGGACAAUCGGAAUCCUCACCCGGCAUGCGACCACCCCGCCGCUCAGACAGCACGAGUCCCCGAACUUGUCUUUGAAGAUACAAACGAUGACGGCGAAUUAUCCGACCUGUCGAAUUCCUGGGAACUAAACGACGCAGACAUGCUCGUUGUCAAACGAGGCCAAAACCGAAAACAGGAACGUAAUAAACGAGAAUCACGAAAACGGCGGGAGCGAGAAGAAUCAGAACCGACACUAGAAAGCGACCAACAACUCUCCUCCACUAGUUCGUCCUCAAAAAGACGAAAAACCCGCCGCACAAAAAUCCUCCAAACAAUCGAGCACGAAGACCCCUCCCCGCCCUUCCUCCGCAUCCCCGGCGAUUACACAAAAACCCCCAAACUCCUCGGCCAACGCUACGACCGCUGGGUCGACUGCUCCACCUGCAAUGCCUGGUUCGUGCAGGGCGACUCGUACUUCACACGCAAGGAGUGUCCGCGCUGCGAGCGCCAUUCGAAACUGUAUGGGUACCGGUGGCCGAAGACGGAUCGGGAGGGGAGAUGGGAUUUGGAGGAACGGGUGAUGGAUCAUAGGACUGUGCAUCGGUUUUUGACGUCGGAUGAGGAGCAUCGGAUCCAGAGGAGGGAUCGAGGCGUUAGUUUUGGGCUUGGUGCUGGAGGACUUGGCGGCACUGUUGGGAGCCCGACGCCGGAGAGUCCGGAUGUCAAGACUGAUACGGAUGGUGGGAGUGACUUUGGGGAUGAGAGGAGGAUGACGAGGGCGGGGAGGAGGGCGGUUAGGGAGUUGAGGAUGACAAUGUGACGGUUAGCUUUCUUUUCUUUUCAGUUUUCUUUUUGCUUUCUCGUUCUUGUCGUUUUAUCCCCUGGUUUGAUAUGUCUGAGAAGCUAACGUGUAUUCUAAACAAGUAUCUGGGAGUGUUAAUCUUUGGCGAAUGCAUCUUGUCAUUAUAUUUCUCUGUAUGAUUCUAUCAUGAUAGAUCUCUUCCUGCACUGAAUUAACGCCUUUCGCUUCUUUUCCACGAUUAUUCCUUAUCCCCUAUCUUUCAUCAUUGCCAUUUUCCUUUUUCGUUCUUUUUUCGCUUCCACUAUUUCGAUGGAAUGCGAUGUUGUUCAGGGGGAUAUCACGGAGUUCUUUUUACGCUUUUGGAAAUUUGAUACCCCUUUUCUGUGUCUAUUGGUGAUCUCCUGGCAAUGGCUGCAGCUACAACUGCAUAUAUCAUCAUCAGUAAUAUAUGACCUACGUGGAGGAAUUACAUUAUUUUGUUAAUCUGUAUAGUUAUUGCGAAUCCCAAACUUGCCCAAUUUUUGCUUCGAUUUUUCGCCGGAAUAUUUUUCUUUCCUUCUGCUCUAGCAAUUGGUCUGUUAAACAGUCUACCACAUUAGGUUUCAUAUGUUCACUCUCCCCCAAUUUGUUCUUGCUACUAAGCUAAAAGCCCAAGAUCAUCACAAAAUAAAGCGCACCCUUCUUUCGGCACCAUUACCAGUAGCUCCUCUUCCUCCUGCUGCUCCUUCACCACCAUUUCCCCCCACCACCAGUGUCCCCAGCUUCCAUCGCCCUUCUACACCAUACACACUCACAACCCGGUAUCACAAUAUGCCCCUCCCUUGCACUCCCGCUCCUAUUCACUUGAACAACAUUAGCCGCAUUGGUGGUAUUAGCAGCACCACCACCGGUGAUAGCACGAUUACGCUGAGUCUGGCGAGCUGCCGCUCCCUCCCCCGGGUUUAAGCCAAUAAGUUUAACCCCACCCGCUCCAUCGCUAAUCCCCAACAAGUUUCGCUGUGGUUGUCCCCAGGUCUUGGGUUUGCGUGCGGUGCUACCGUCAAUCCGUGGGCGAUGAUCACCACUGGGACGGGGCUGGGUUGCGAGCUGGUAUAAGAGGCGGAGGUAGCUCAUUGUAUCCUUUUUUGUUAUCGAGAUGUGUUUGGUUUCUCGGUAUUGUCUGAGGGCCUGGGGGUUGAGGAAGGGAAGGGAGGUGGAUAUCUGGUUGGCGAUAUUGGUUAAGGCUGUUUCGGUAUGACGGGUUGAGAUCCUUUUCUUUUCCCGCUCUUGUAUCUUGAUAUGGGUGAGGUGGCAGGAUAUGGGAAUUUGAGUUAACUAGUUGAUAUACGAUAGAUGAUCGAGCUCAGUUUCCGCCCUUCCUUUCGUUCUUUUCCUUUCUUUCGUCUCCCGUCCUCGUGAAGAUACUCAAUCAAUAGAGAAAUAGAAACCUCUGUUUUCUGGGCCCUCAGUCACUUCUUCGUUUUAUCCCUUUCCUUACACCGCCCAUGGCUCGCUUUUAUAUCUCAACCCUUUUCUACUGUUUGCUAUAAAAUCCCAGAGACAUAAUAUUUAUUCACAUUUAUAGAUGCCCAACCUUUCCUAGAUGGUUCUUUAGCAGGCAGAGAAACAAACAUUCUAAUUUUUCCUUUGUGGAGCACAAUCUCUCUGACAUGCAAUCAUACUUCUCCAUCUAUCCAUCUAUUUUUCUUAUGUCCAGCAAUGAUGACUCAAUGAUGUCAGUUUCAGAUGUAAUAAGUGAUUUAACUAUGCUAGUUAGUGGCUCAUUCUGAGGUUUAGACAUGCUUGUUUGCCCCUGAGCCUGAAGAGUGCCUGAUACGAAUAUACUAAUGUCAAAAGAUCUGCA